GUCUCGGAGCUGAGGAACCAUUAAAGCUUUUCCCCUUGGGUUCCUCCUUCCUUACUCCGGUCACACGGUCACCAGUCGCCGGCUCCCGAGCCCUGACAGACAAGCCUGUUAAAAUGAAGAUCUGGGCGUCAGAGCACAUUUUCAACCACCCAUGGGAGACGGUGACCAAGGCGGCGAUGCAAAAGUACCCCAACCCCAUGAACCCCAGCGUGUUUGGUGUGGAUGUUCUGGACAGAGGUGUGGACAAAGAGGGACGGUUACAUAGCACCAGACUGCUCAGCACAGAGUGGGGGCUGCCCGCCAUGGCCAAGUCUAUCAUUGGGGUAACAAGAACAUGCACUUAUGUUCAGGAGCAUUCAGUAGUGGACCCCAAGGAGAAGACCUUUGAGCUUAAAUCUACAAAUAUCUCCUUCACUAACCUGGUAUCUGUGGACGAGAAGUUGACGUACAAGCCACAUCCGCAGGACCCUGAAAAGACGGUGCUGACACAGGAGGCGCUGAUCAGUGUGAAAGGUGUGAGUCUGAGCAGCUACCUUGAAGGUCUCAUGGCCAAGACCAUCUCUGUUAAUGCUGGAAAGGGUCGGGAGGCGAUGGAGUGGGUCAUCAGACGAUUAAACACAGAAAUCGAGGAGUUGGCGGCGACCGCUCGUGGUACGAUGCGUGUUCCCAUGGCAGCGGCCGUUGCAGACAAAUGAUCCCAGCCUACCUGCCACUCUUUCCUCCACCAUCAUGAACCGAUGGACUUCUCAAAUGUUUUUUUCCCCUCAAAGGGGACCUCUCAUCUGCCAGCACAGCCUAAUAAUAACCACAGCCCCAUCCUUUGGUAUGUUUGUUUUUGUUUGUACGUCACAGGAACUCUGUGUUCGUCCGUCCUCAGCAGUCUGCGCCGACGAGUUUGAUACUUGUCUCCGUGGGCAGUGACGGGGAGCUGAUGAUAGUUUAAAAAAAAAACAAACAAACAGGGUUGAAUUAAACUGCACUUGAAGCUCAUAGGACUUAGUCUUGUGAUGUUAAAGCUCUUUUUUAAAAAAAAUUCACACUGUGCCUCCACAUCAUCUCAUCAACUUUCUCUUUUCUAACCUUUUUCCCCUUCAUCUUAAGAUUUUCAUCUCUCUCUAAUCUUCUCUCAUUGUUUCCAAAUCCUUAUAAACUAGUUGAGCCCUGGUAACAGCUGAAAUGAAGUCACUUUUCAUCGUCCUUUUCUGGCUGACCUUCCUUUGUACAGCAGAACUGACCAAAAUAUCUCAGAGCUGAAAACCCACCAGUGCAGACCGACUGUAACAAAACUUUGACUGUAUGUUACAAACUGUAUCAGCUGUGUCUUGGAAAUAUUUUUUCAAAUAUCUUCAAAUCUGUGAAACAUCUGUCAGCGUGUAGUCUGAACAGUUUGGUUGUAGGGUCUCAACGCCUAAAUCUGAGCGCAGGUUGGCCGGACAGGAAAAACCAGUUUUGGGCGUGUACUUACAUGGUGCUGGUCCAGGUCUGGAACAACCAGCACAAAUUUGCCAGGUUUGUUUGUCAGAGUCUGCCAGAUUUCUGAGCGAGUGUGUGUAUAAUCCAGAGUACUUAAGGUCCACAGCUCAGCAGCAGGGGGUGUUGCUGAUCAGGUUUUGUACAGUAAUGAAGAACAGCUUAGGCCUGUUAUUUCUUAUAAGUUUCAAAGCAUUUAAAUAAGGUAGAAGAGGGAGUUGUAGUUUACCUUUGUACCUUUGAUACAGAUGCUGGUCUGUCUAUCAAAACUGUCAGCGUAGUGGACUGGUCCUCGGAUGUUGUAGUCUCUCAUGGUUGUAGUUUUGGUAAAAGAAUGACUUGAUUUCAUAACGUCUCUUGUCUUGGUCAGUCUUUUCUCUUACACUGAUGAUGUGCUGUAUAGUUAGGUGUGACAGUAUAAGAACAAGCAUACUUGAAUGUGUAACUUAUUUCCAGCAUGUGUACUUAAAAUACACUUAAAGUAGCAGGAAGUCUUUGAAAAGUGCAGAGCUGCAGCAGCACUGGUCAGCGUCCACCUCAGCGUUUUUGUGUUGUGAACGCUCACCAGUGUUGGAAGAGCACUACAGGUUUAUGUUUGGGAUCACUGAGUGUGCCAACAGCAAAAGAUAGAAAUAACUGUACUAAUUUAGUUCCCCAAACAUAACGUAACUUUAUUUAUAUUAUUUAAGAACAAACCUACUUUGUAUGCUCUGACCUUUUUUUUUAAUACUGUCUACAGAUGGUGAUAUUUAUGCUAUAUUUGUGUUGGUGAACAUUGACAAAGGCUGUUAAACUGAUCAAUUUUAAAAGCUGUUAGCUUGUGGUGUUUUGCUAGUAACAGUGCAGUGUUUUUACUACAUUUCCCAGGCUUAUUCCACGGAGGACUCCUACAUGCAACAUUAUUGAUGUUGGUUCAGCUUCACAAACACCAUACUGAAGUGAAGGCGACAUAAUGACCCUGUUGCUCUCCCCCUUCUUUUUUUUCUUUUCUGUUGACAUUUUCAUAAGGACAGUCCUACAAAUUAAAGUGUACUUUAAAGAGGUUUGUUGUACAACCACAACCAUUUCUCACUGUUAAGACGCUCGCUUGAUGGAGCUCAGCAACAUCACAAGUCUUCCGAGAUGCUCCACAGUCAGUAUCUUAGUCUCAGUUAGUUCAGUCUUUUUCCACAUCUGCUUCCAGUUCAGCUGAGCUUCUUUUUAACAGCUUUUCCAGAGUUUACUUUCCAUCCCAUUAUGCUUCAUCCAGCUCAGGAUCAUUCUGUUUGAAGUCUGGUCUGCUGCCUAACUGACUAACCAAUCAGUAUCCACACAGCAUCUCGUUUCAUGAAUGAAAUGUGAUGUUUUGGGGUUAUUUUUUUUUUCUGUGGGGAACAUUUUAAGAACAAGUGGCUGUAAAUAGGCUCAUAUUUAUAUUUUGGUUGUGUUACAUUCCAAGAAUGUGAACAUGCAACAGAAUCUGAAGAGCGCACACUGAAAUGUUUCAAAAUAAAGAGAUGUCGUUGUUUCAUGAA